AGGCACAAAAUAUUGUAUAUCAUUCAAUAACCAAAAAAUAACAGAAGAAGUGGCAAUAGUAGCUGCUGUGGCAAUGGGAAGUGUUAGAAAGGAGACAUUCUUUGUUUUCAUGAACUAUGAUCCUGAAUAUGAACGCCUUCGCGCUGAUCGAACAAAGAGAGGAGCAAAUGAGCUCGAUUUAUACCUAAGUAGAAAGCAUGACGAGUUAUUGGCAAACACCCUUGAGCAUGGCAGCUACAAGAAAACGCUUUCUUUGGUCAUUGUUGAUGGGUUCGCAGUCGAAAUCACAGAAGAGCAGGCCGAUGUGCUUAGAUCUGCCAAUGGAGUGAGAGUGGUGGAGAAGAAUGAAGAAGUUGCUUAGGGUACUAGCCAGUUAGUUAAGAGGGUGAAGUAAUAUUGAUUAAGUAAUGUAGUGAUAAGUUUGUAAAGUCAUUUGUAAAUUUUAAAUUUGGAAGUAUUGACCUAAGAAAGAGUGUUCAUUGUUCAGAUAAAAUGCUUGUGCUUUCACACCCCAUGUUCAAAAGUUACCUAGCCACCUACUCUUACAUGAAUAUGAAUUGGCUGAAGGUUUUAAUAACCAUUCUCUCAAAGUUAUGAAGUACUGUUUCUUCUAUACUUGCACUGGAAUACGUAUCAAUCAAAAGUUUAAUUUGAAGCCACAAGCCUACUCUUUAUUUAUCAAA